AUGGCGAUCAGUGCUCUUCGGCUUGAGACGCCGCACAAUGCCUAUAUAGACAAGUGCAAGGAAAAUGAGUUUGAGAUGGGAGGCGCUGCACCAGCCGAUCCAGGAGAUGAAUCCAAUGCCGAUGAGCCACCAUUGCCUACUUUUUCCGAAGAAGAGAUCCACGUUGGUGAGAAAUAUUCGUAUCACGACACGUUGAGCUCGCUGAUUGGACUCGGAUCGUAUGGAGUCGUUUUCAAGGGAAACGAUCAUGGAAAUAAUAUGCCGGUUGCCGUGAAACGUUUGGCCAAAAUGAACAUCAAGGAUCAAGAGCUUUCAGUGAUCAAGUCGCUAAAGUCGAAAUAUUUGGUCGGAGUGUUGGAUAUUUGUGAUAUUGAUCCGGUGACAAGCUGUGUAAUCAUGGAACUACUGGACACCGAUCUCGACAAUCAUUUGAGAAAACGUGCACCCAACGGUCGACUCACUCCAAAAAAUCUCAAAUUGAUCAUCGACAAUCUGGCUCGUGGAUACAAGGCUUUGAAUGAGCUAAGAAUCGUGCACAGAGAUAUCAAGCCACAAAACAUUCUCGUCUCUUAUCAGAUCAAGGGAUCUCGUGAAUUCUCGGGGGCCAAGAUCACCGAUUUUGGAAUUGCUCGAACACUUGGCGAGGCGAGCCUGUGUAACGUUGCUGGCACGUUUUACUAUAUGGCACCAGAAGUUGGAGCAAAUUUGUUGAAGAUCUGCGAGUACAACUCGAAAGUCGACAUUUGGUCGAUCGGAUGUCUCAUCUAUCAGUGCCUUACCGGAGAUAUUCCCUUCGACGAGUGCUCUCUCUGUCGUCUAUUCCUCUACAUGGCUGGCGGGAACUAUGAAGCGUAUGACUACCCUGAAUUACCCGAGGGAACUUCCCCCGCUAUCAUCGAUCUCAUUCAUUGCCUUCUCGACAUCGAUCCAGAGAAACGAGCCACUCCACAAGAAUUCUACGAGAUCGCCACCGCUUUCUCGGAACUAACUGUUAUCGAGGCUCAAAUC